UUUCAUAGAGAUAGCAUUCAGUCUGAAGAUUCAUGGUGAUAGGAUCUCACCCUUUUAUUCUGAGCAUUGGUAGAAGUAAGAACUUUCUAGUGACUGGCUGCUUUGCUUCUCUGAGCUUUUAACUUUCACCCCCUUGUAUCUGACUCUGAGUUUUUAUUAUUAAGGACAAUUAGAAUUUUGUGCUACAUUCAUCUAUUGAGAUGCUUCUAAUCUUACUUAAUGCAGUAUCUCAGCAGAAGGUGGAGUAAAUAGGUAGUCUCCCCUGGGAGAGUUCACAUCUUUCACACUUUUCCUUUGGGAGCGGGAGACCACGUUGCAAUUUUAAAUGUUUAGUUUACUUCUGGUUUCAAAUAACUAAGUAGUAAGUGUAACUUCUCCUUCAUUGGGUUUGUCUCUUCUGUACCCCAAACCAAAGAAACCUUCCUUUGCUUUUCAGCUAGCACCAGUUUCCGGUGAAACUUCACAAGGGCUUGUUUCUUUGAUCUCAUCUCAGGUGACCUGCAUCUCAGGGGCUGUGCUGCAGCUGUACCUACUGUACUCAACAGUGCCGCAUAUGACAUUGAUAAACUUCACAAACAUAAAAAGAGAAAAAGAAGCCAGGCACCAACAAGCCUGAACUAAGAUUCCACGUACAUGAAAUUUAAACAGAAUUAAUUCACCAUGUUAGAAAUAGCACCACUGUUCCUUGUAGGGAGGAAGGAGAGGUAGGAUCAGGAAGGGGUGAGGAAGACUUCUCAUAAACUCUUAAUACUUCCUGAUGUGUUUGCUUUGCAAAGCUUUGUUGAAUAUAUGCUUAAGAUUUGGUUCCUUUUUUUUGUGCAUGUUACAGUUGGGUAGGCAACUCUUGUAUCAAAAUCAAAGCCCAAGCCAUAAACCAACCAUGGUAAAGCACAUCUGUAAUCCUAGUAGUCAGAAGGUUGAGGCAGGAGGACUAGGGUUUGAGCUAAUAGUGAGAACUUCUUUCAAAGACAAAUUUAAAAAGAAAAAUCAAGCAUGGAUUGGAAGAAGACAUUUAUAAAGACUCAUGAAACAGAAUUUGUAUCUAGAAAAUUAUUUAAGAUUUUUUUCAUUAUGCAUUGUGUGUGUGCAGGCACUCACACAUAAAAGUCAGAAGGGAUCAGGUUCCUUAGAACUGACUUACAGGACGUUGUGAGCUCUCCAGUGUGAGUGCUGGGAACUGAGCACUGGUCCUUAGAGCGCUUUCAAACCACCCAUGUGGUGGUGUGCUAGUCAGUUCAGCACUAGGGAACUGACUAGCCAAUGAGAGACGGCGGAGCCAAUGAGAGACGGCGGAGGAGGCCAUGGCGUUCCUGGGGCUGUCUCUUGGCACUCUCACUGCACACAGCCGUCGUUCACCAUCAGAACAGGUUAAACACUUUGAGAUGAGAAAGGUUGAUCUCUGUUCGAGCACUGAAGGGGCUGAAGUGAUUCUGGCUACCUCAAGUGAUGAGAAGCACCCACCGGAAAACAUCAUCGAUGGGAAUCCAGAAACCUUUUGGACCACCACGGGCAUGUUUCCCCAGGAGUUCAUUAUUUGUUUUCACAAACAUGUAAAGAUUGAAAAACUUGUGAUCCAAAGUUACUUAGUGCGAACCUUGAGGAUUGAAAAGACCACAUCUAAAGAGCCAUUCGACUUUGAGCUGUGGGUGGAAAAAGAUUUAGUACACACAGAGGGACAGCUUCAAAACGAAGAAAUUGUGGCACGAGAUGGCUACGCCACUUUCUUGAGAUUCAUUAUUGUUUCAGCCUUCGACCAUUUUGCAUCUGUUCAUAGCAUUUCUGCAGAGGGACUAGCAGUCUCAAACAUUUCUUAGUAAUUACAACAAAAUGCUCUGAACUACUCUGCUCUAAAAAUAUAUUUAUAGAAACCCAAAGUUAUCUUUGAUAUGUUUGCUAUUAAAGAGAUUUGUAUCA